UCUCUCCCUCCAUCUCCACCUCCUCCUCCUCCUCCUCCUCCUCCUCCCCCUCCUCCGACGCCCACACUUCCGGACUGGACCCUCUGGAGGCAGCUGGGUCGGGAUGCAUCUGUCUCCCGGUGCCGCUUGAAAUGAGGAUAAAGACGACGACGGUGAAACGGCGACGAUCGUCACGUUGCAGCCUGAAGUGACCGGAGGAGCGAUCCGUCCGCUGCCCCCGCAGUCAGAGGAGAUCCGGGCUCCGGCCGCACUGUGUCUGCUGUCAACUGUUGCUGAUUUCCACUGUAAAUGAAUCUUGUAAGGUUUAUGAACAACCGUGUUCCUCCUAACAAGAGAUACCAGCCGACAGAAUAUGAGCAUGCUGCCAACUGUGCCACGCAUGCGUUAUGGAUAAUCCCCAGCCUGCUGGGCAGCUCUCUGUUGCACUUCCAGUCGGAGGACCAAUGGGAGCAGCUGUCAGCCUGGGUGUACGGGGCGGGGCUCAGCUCACUCUUCAUCAUCUCCACCCUGUUCCACACUGUGGCCUGGAAGAAAAGCCACCUACGGUCAGUGGAGCACUGUUUCCACAUGUGUGACAGGAUGGUGAUCUAUUUCUUCAUUGCUGCCUCCUAUGCUCCAUGGCUGAACCUGCGGGAGCUGGGUCCCUGGGCGUGUCACAUGCGCUGGUUGGUGUGGGUGAUGGCGUCUUUUGGAACCACCUACGUCUUCUUUUUCCACGAGAGGUAUAAACUCAUGGAGUUGAUCUGCUACACGGUGAUGGGAGUGUUUCCUGCCCUGGUCAUCCUCUCCAUGCCGGAGCAGUCAGGCCUGUACGAGCUGCUGAUGGGCGGAGCCUGCUACUGUCUCGGGAUGGUUUUCUUCAAGAGCGACGGCAUCGUCCCUUUCGCUCACGCCAUUUGGCACAUGUUCGUUGCGAUGGGGGCGGCCAUACAUUACUACGCCAUCUGGAAGUACCUCUACGCCCAGCCAGCCAAUCAGGUCCAGACCUCCAGAUGACAUCAACGCUGACCUCGUGGGAUACGGCUCCUGCUUGAGCGGCUUUGAGGAGAUGAGAUGAUGCAAGUUGUGUCCUAGUUCAAAGGUCGUCUUUUCUGGAAGCUGCUGGGGCCAAGCUGGCAUUUUUCCCCAGAAAGGCCAAAAACUAAUGGUGCAUUCAAGGGAUCCUCCUCAUCUCGUAAAAGCAAGCAUUUUCAUAUUUAGCACCAAGAAGUUGCCUUCACACAGCAGGCA